GCCGCUUAUUUUUGCAUAAAAAGAUUUUUUUUUGGAAUUCUAUUGUGCAAUUAAUUAUUUAAAAUGUAUCGACAAUUAUCUAGAUUUCGAAAAACUGUAUCAGUUUUACUGAACGAAAAAACAGGCUUUAUACGGAUUCAACGUUUAAGUAGUUACCCAGAAGAGAAUAAAUUUAAAAUUAAAGGCGAUUUUGAAGGCAGACCGCUAUAUUUAGACGUACAAGCUACAUCUCCACUGGAUCCUAGAGUUUUAGAUGUAAUGCUUCCAUAUUUAACAAAUUACUAUGGUAAUCCCCAUUCUAGAACACAUGCUUAUGGUUGGGAAACUGAAGCAGCAGUUGAGGAUGCACGGAAACAUGUAGCAGAUAUUAUUGGAGCAGAUCCUAGAGAAAUAAUUUUUACUUCAGGAGCAACAGAGAGUAAUAACAUAGCUGUUAAAGGCGUAGCUCGAUUUUACAAAGAAAAAAAGAACCAUAUCAUAACAACACAAACAGAGCACAAAUGUGUUUUAGAUUCUUGUAGGGCCUUAGAAAGUGAAGGAUUUAAAAUAACAUACCUCCCAGUAAACCCAAAUGGUAUUAUAUCACUAGAAGAAUUGGAACAGGCUAUGACUCCACAAACAUCACUAGUUUCCAUAAUGGCAGUGAACAAUGAAAUAGGUGUAAAACAACCAAUAGAUGCUAUAGGAGCACUGUGUAAGCAGAAGAAAAUAUUUUUCCAUACAGAUGCUGCACAAGCUGUUGGAAAAGUUCCCCUAGAUGUAAACGCUAUGAAUAUUGAUCUCAUGUCUAUUAGUGGACAUAAAAUAUAUGGCCCUAAAGGUAUUGGUGCUAUUUAUAUCCGGCGUCGUCCCCGUGUAAGGGUAGAAGCCCUGCAAAGUGGCGGUGGUCAAGAAAGAGGUAUAAGGAGCGGCACAGUUCCAGCGCCACUAGUUGUAGGAUUCGGUGAAGCGUGUAGAUUAGCCAAAGAAGAAAUGGCUUACGAUCAUGCUUACAUUGAAAGAUUAAGUAAACGAUUAAUAGACCAGAUAUCUAGUUCGUUAAGUCAUGUAGUUAGGAAUGGAGAUGAUGUAAAUACUUAUCCAGGUUGUGUAAAUUUAUCUUUCGCAUAUGUUGAAGGCGAAUCUCUAUUAAUGGCCCUUAAAGACGUAGCCCUUUCUAGUGGAUCAGCGUGUACUUCAGCGUCUCUGGAACCGUCUUACGUUCUACGUGCGAUUGGAGCAGAUGAAGACUUGGCACAUAGUUCUAUCAGAUUCGGUAUUGGCCGUUUCACCACAGAAGCCGAAGUAGAUUACACUGCUAAAAAGUGCAUACAACACGUAACUAGGUUAAGAGAAAUGAGUCCUUUGUGGGAAAUGAUACAAGAGGGUGUGGACUUAAAAUCGAUUAAGUGGUCGCAACAUUAAUAUUUAUAUGAACUAUUGUACUCGAAAUAAUGAAUUACUUUAUGGCGUAAACUGUUAUGGAUUGUAAUUAUUGGAUGUUGGAGUAUUUAAUUUGAAAAUUUUGUAUAAUUAAUAUCUCGUAUGUUUGACAAUUUCGUAUUUUUCUUGUUAGAAUCAUUGUAGCUCGAGAUAUUAUUAUAAUCUUAUUGAGAGCAAAUUAUGUGUCUUUUCAUACAUUUUUAAUAGUGAAAUGGUCACAUAAUUGAGUCCAAUGGUAAAGUUCAUAACAAUGAUAGAUUAUUCCGUCUAAAUUGAUUCUUUAUGAUAAUACAAGUAAUUUUAUAUUUCCAACAAUGUUGAUA